AUGAAGCCAGCUGAAGCCCACCGCAGUCGCGCCCCGCCAAGGUCGCGCUUCCAGCUUCCGACCCGCCACUUGGACAUCGAAGGCGACAUUUACAAGGCACUUGCUGCCGUCGCCUUGGCUGCCGAGCUCCGACUACCCGACGCCAUCUUUCCCAAUUCCACGCUCAUUUGCACUGACUCGGCCGACCUAGUGUACCUCUUUUGCCCCGAGCACGAGACGUACCACCACUUCCUCGUCGACUGUAGCUUUAUCAAGGACGUGGGGAGCUUGCCGACAGCGCUCUCGGGCUACCUCUACUCGACGCCUACGACCGCCUCCAACAUGCAACGAGCCGUGUUCCGCUACCGCUGGCCAGUGCUCCGCGCCUGCGUCUGGUUCAACGUCUGGCGCGUCCGGAACGAUCGCGUCUUUCGCGCCGACCUCCCACUGCCAAGUUAG